UAACUGAGUUUAAUUCAGUAAAUAACAAUUUUGUAAAAGCCUGAUAAAGACUGAUGUUGAUGUCUCUGGGUUCUGUUCAUUUCUCUUCCCCAAGAUUCCUCAUUUAAGCUUCAAGACAUGGUUUUGCAGGAGGAUGCUGGAGGUUUGUACAUGUUAGGUCACUUCAGUGGUAGUGAAGUUUUAUUCUUCUCAAGGCACAGUUCUCCUGGUUAUUCUUGGUAAGCUGCUGUUAAAAUAAAACCAAAAAUAAAAUCAGGUUUUGGUACAGCUGACUCCAGCCUUGGGUAGAAUUUUCUUUUUAAAGUACUUACUGGAAUUGACACAACAAAAGUUUAAAAGUGUAGUAAAGCCUAUACCCAAGAAAGCAGCAACAAACCCAUUUGAGAUGAAAGGAAGUUCCUAAAAAAGACAGUUCCUAAAAAAAGCCAAAGGCAGCAAGACUCUGUGAUGCCAGUUUCUCAUUUGGAGGCUGUGGCUUGCUUUGUUUUUAGCAUCUGCUCCAUCAGCAAGAUGAAUGUGUAAAGCCUUGCCUGACCUGCCACCAGAUGAAAAUAAUGAAUUGCCCUUGUGCACGUACUGCAGUCAGAACAAGAUGUAACUCCUGUUGCAGCUCUGUGACAUGUGCUGUGUUGUUUGCUUUUUGUACAUUCCAGCAGGCUCGUGGAGGCUGCUGCAGCCCACAAACUCACCACAGGGCAAGCGCUACUUGCUGCAUCCACUUGGGCACAAAGUAACUGGUCAGCAGUCAGUAUUUUUUACUUUGGUGAUUUUUUUUAAAUAGAGGAAGGAAUAUUUGUUGUGGUUUCUCUGGCUUCAGUUAAAUGAGUGAGUGAUCCAGGCUGGUUGCCUUCAUUUGGAAGUUUCACACUCCUGCACCCAAGGGUGGCUGGUAUUGUUUCCUUGUGGUCAUCUCAAGCCAAAGAUGGGUGCUGUGAUGGGUGUAUUGCAUAUUGAAGGUGUUUGCUUAAUGGGAGAUUAGAGGAGCUGAAAUCCAUCAUCACACCAGCCAGCUACUUAUGAGUGUUGGCAUUCCUUGCUUUUCACUGCCAUCUUUUUUCACUUUGUUAACCUGUGUAGUGGAAAUCUGGAUUUUUGUUAUGUUUUUUCAGUCAGUAUCUGGGGAGAGAUAAAGGAGGAGGUGUAUUUUUCAGGCUUCUGCAGUAAUACUGUGUAGCACUGUAUCUCAUUAAUGUCCUUUGUUUAUGCUUUUUGGUGAGGCAGUUUGAGAUUCAGCUCUGCUGCAGGUAGUUCAGCAGUGUGUACAAGGUGUGUAGUGUUUGAGUGUGGCAGUAAGUGUAAUUCCAGGGUGCACCCUGAGGUAUGGCAGCAGCCAGUGGUGGUAUGGAAUAGGAGCAGAUGAAGUGUUGUUUUUCAGGGCUGACAAGGUGCUUGGAUUCUUGCUGUGCAAACAGAGACAAGUGGCUACGCUCUCUGUUCUCCUAAUGCUGGUUCAGUGACUUGCCUGUCAUUGUUUGAUCAAACCCCCAUCAGUCUAGACCUCAGGAGCCCCUCUCAUCUCUUGAGUGAUCCGUGUGUGUGCUGUUUUAUGGAGUGGUUGAAGUACCCUUCUCCACCCAACAGCGCUGAUAACAUUCCAGGCAGUUUUAACUCUGUUUUAUAACCAGAAAAAGUUGAUGACACAUGUUCUGAUGUGUGUCUGUCCUUGAAAGCUUGAGUCCUCUCUUCCUAGUCUCUGUUUGUUUUUCUCUUGCUGAUGCUGUGAGGAGCCUGAGUAGUGAAUAUGAUUGACUUCUUUCUCUAUAAACUUUUCCUUCUUUACUUUGUCUUUUGAGAGGUGGGUUUAAUGGAAAGAGGCUACAAAAUUUGCAUGCUGUUUUAUUAGCUAUAAACAGGUAACCAGGGUAAAUCAACUCCACAGUGGUGGAGUGGAUUUAAUAUUAACCUGCCAGUUACUGCAUACAAGUUCUCUUUAUUCAAAGUCACAAUUCCUAGUCUUAAAAGAAGAAGAAGAAGAAGAAAAAAGGCACUGUGGUGCUACUGUAGUUAGUGUAGCAAUGGCUUUUUCCAUCCCCUGUGUGUUGCUCUAGGCUUUUCCCACAACUUCCCACAAAUUUAUGUGUUGAGAUUAUUUUUCUGGCUUAAGUUCCAUAUUUUUGAUAAUCAGUGUAUUGUAGGAAAGUAUGUACUGGAAACUUGUAUAACGCUGUUCUUUCCAGCAAGUGACUUGUUUGUGUCCUGCUUGGCCUGCUUCUGGUCUAGCACUGAUGCUUUACCAGGGCUGGGUGAGCAGCUGUUUGCUGAUCAGCUGCUUAACAGGUUUCACUACUUGGAGCUCAUAAUUUCAGUUUUUAAGAGAGAGUAGUGACGCCAGGAAUUUAAUUUUAUUAAAAGUGCAUUUUUUAGUAUAUUGGUUGAUACUAUCCAGGUUUGCUGUAAAUGUCUGCCCGCCACUGAGACAGAAGCACACUGUUUAUCAGAAAUGUCUAGACUUUUUGUUAAUGGAAAAUUCACCCCCGUUCUUUGCCUUGACUCCAGAAAAUAAAAUUACUUUAGUUUUUCAAUUGACUUGAUAAGAGUGUUUCCCAUCUUCAGUUUCUGACAAACACACAAAUGGGUUUUUGUGCUUGGAUUGCUGUCAGGGAAUGUGACAAAAGCUGGUCUUGAGUAUCAGUAAUUGUUUUGGGUGUUCCCUUUCUCCUGAAGCAAUUGUGAAAUUUUCACUGGGAUGGUGCCUCUGUCUUUUAUUGUAAAGUCAGGGCUAUAAUCAUUGUUCCACCAGCUGAAUGAGGAAUGUGAUUUUUUUAUUUUUUCCAAAGUGGGUAGCACAUGCUUGAUUUGAGCUGCCUCUGUGAGCUGCUUUGCAGGAGCCAUCCUGUCUCCUCUUCUGGUGGGUGUUGGAGACACUGUUUGUUUCAUUCCCUGGUGUGCAGUUGUUGUGGCAGUGGGCUGGUCAGUCAUGGGUUCUGCCAGAGCACAGGGCUCGGAGGAAGGAGCUCAGUGAGUGCAGCUGGACUGUGAGCUGACUUCAGGUUCCAGGGUUCAUGGCAGUCUGGUUUUGAAUUUGCAACCUGUUCAGGGUGUUUGCCUCUAAACACUGUUGUUACUGGCCCAUCAACUCUGCGAUCUUAACAAGUAGUUUAUCUUUUCCCAGGAGAAGACCUCUCCUGAAAAUACAGUAUCACUGCUGUCCGUGGAGAGAACUGUGUGGCUCCUCAGUGAUGUUUCAGAGAAGGGUUUUAGCAAACCUUCCUCGGCAUUAAAAGCAGGAAGUGGACACCUGAUGUGCAGUAACCUUUGACACUGUUCCUCUGAUGUGCUCAUCUGUUGCUGGGAACGUUGUCUUGGCUGAAAUCUCUGAUGUGCAGCUGGUACUAACAGCCAAACACAAAAUGUUAGCAACGCGCACUGUGGAAGACCAGUGCUGACUGCAGUACCUUUCCUCUAGAUCCACAGAUGCACACAGAUCCACAGAGCUUGGAAAUACCACUAAAGCAUCAGCAGCUUGCAUUUCAGUUUGUAAGCAUCCCCAGUAUAAGGCAGAGAAAGUUUUAGUUGGACACAAAACUAAUUAAGUGCUUCUAAGUCCUGUCUUCUUUUUCUUCUGAAGCAAACUUGGGCGAGUUGUGGUGAUGUGCUUGUGAUGGAAACAGUCUGGUGCUAUGAUCACUCUCAGUAACUUGCUAGUUUCAUUCAGUUCCUACAUAAAUGGUAGUGAAAUGCUUUAAAUCCUUCUGAAGUUGCUCAUAGGAGAUAGGAUUGUCCCAUACUUCUGGAACAUUAAACAUUAUAAUCAUGACUACAUCCUUAUAAACAUGAGUGAAUUUCUUUAUAGUUUAUUAAUGGCAUCCUCCUGGACUUCCACUAAGCAACUUAAAACCAAAUCCAAAUGAACUAACAAAAAGGUUUGUUUCAAUAUUACUGAUGACUUUUCUUCAUUCAUAAAGAGAGAAAACUUCAAGUCUGAAGAGCAUUUGCAUAGUGGACGUUUUUAGGAUAACCUACAGCAAUUUUUAAAAUUGUAUUUUCAGAAAAUUAAAAAAAUCUUAUCUCUAUAGUUAAUACUUAAGUAUCUGAGUUUGAAAUUAAAUUGUGUAUUUACUGCUAGCAAAGUGUAUAAGGCUUGCUUCCAUAAUCAGUGUAGGCAGCUUUUACACUGCCUCUCCUCCAGUGGAAGCAUAUUCAAGGAUGCCUUUGUUUCAGCAGUGUUUUAUUUAGCUUUGUUUCAUGUGAGUUACACAAAGCUUUCUUAGAAACAACCUUUUGCACUUUAAAAAGGAAAUGAGUCUGAAAUAGUUUUUGAUUAGUAGGAUGUGUUACGUAUAGUUGUACUAUGAAGCAGGAAAGUGUUUAUGUUCUAGGGAAUGCAUCCUUAAAACCAUUUUCUCUCCCAUAAUUGUGCUGUUAAAGCAAAUCAUCUUUUAAAUAGAAAUAUAGGACAGAAUGUUUAUUUGGGGUUUUGAGUUGAAUUGGCAGGUGUAUGGCCAUUGAAAUGUUCCAUGUAGCUGGAUUCUACUUGCCAGUGGAAACCAGGCUGUGGCUGUAAGCAGUGUGUUUCACUGUCAGUGUGAUUUCAGAGACAAGGGAGGCUUUCAUAUCUUUGCUUUUAUUGUUAGGCUGAUUUGGAUUCUCUUUCAUUUGCCAGAAUGUUUUAGGGUGAUACAUAGCAUUUGCACACCUUUGUUUUCUGGAGGGCAUUCAUACUCUAGGGCAUCUCUUAGUGAGAUCUUAUCAGAAUAGACACCUUGUGCUUUAUGAGAACAAUUUGUCCUCUUAACUACAGGGGUAUGAUACACAGCAGUAGUUAUGUUAUGGAGAGACUGCCUUUGAAAAGAUGAAAAACAUGUUGAAAGGAGGUAAAAACGUCACUUGACUUGCUGGUGAAAUACUGAAGCAAAAUGGUCUGUUACCAAUCAGUUAGGCUCAUUAACAGUGAAAGGAGAAGAAAAAUGUGUUUCCAUGGAACAUAAUAACUGCUAGGCUGAUAAAUAUUUUCUCCCUCCAAACACUUCUGGUUUUACAAAACAAGCAGUGUUACACCACCCACAUACCCAUGAAGCUUAAAGCCCUAAAUACAGAAUUUGCCUUCUUUUUUUCAUUCCAGUUACUGUUAACAAAAUGUAGAUCUGUGUGCAUCUCACUUUGUGUUUGUUGCUAAUGACUGAAACCAAUAAUAUUUUUAAUUUUUGUUGAUCUUAGCUUCCCCACAUAUGAAACACAAGAAAAAACUUCCAAACUCUACCUGUGUAGUAAGAAAACCAAUUAUAAUCUGUAAAAUUCUGUGAGGGGAACUGAUUUUUCUUUCUUCAUGUUAGGAUAUUUGCCUGUAGCCUCCUGUCUCAAAGCAUGGUCCUGAAGUAUUUAAUAAAAUGAGAAUGAGCUAAUAAAUUACUGCAAGUUUUUAAAGAGAGCUUCAUUUUUGGAGUACAAAUCUGCUAUCUAUUACCUGAACAACAUUGAGGGGUAAUGGAAACUUGUUGCCAUCUAUAUCAGUUUUCAUUAAUACAUCAAAAUAAGGAAUCAGUUUCAUUUUUGGCAAGGAAAACAAAAUCCAGUAAAAAAAUCAGACUGAGAGGUUGAAUUCACUAUCAUAUUUCCAGCCCUCUCCCUUUUUUUCAUCAAAAAGCAUCAAGUUUUAAAAAAACAAUUUGGAAUUAAGAUUUGUCUGCAAAAUAAUAUUAGCCUGCAGUCACAGCAGUAGCAUUCAUUGCAAGGUUUCUCCAUUUUACUUUGUGGAAGUAUAAUUCUUGUGUUUUGCAUAGAGCAGGUACAUGCAAAUAUAGACUAAAAGGCAUUUCUAAUUGUUCCAUUCCAUCUUUUGCUAUUGAUACAACCAAAUCAUGAAACUGCUUUCAUAAAUAUAAUGCUAUCCACAGUACUGUGAAGACCUAGUGAAAAUUCUUUGCCAGAAUUGUUCCAUUGUUUCUAUUUUACUUUGUAGCACUGUAGAUCAAUAAUAUUAAAGAGUAAAUUUUCUUGGGUACAGGCAUCAGACAGGUACUGAAUUUUCCUUACAGCUGAAUGUCAGCAUGAGGAAAAGCCUCCUGCCAAAGGAGAAGGCAGACAGGGAGCAGGAGUGCCCUUAGCUCUGUGUUCUCAGCUGAACUGCAGACGGCAUAGGGAUGUAGAAUCUACUGAUGUUCAUCACCUUUGCAAACAGGAGGCUGCCACUGCAGCUGAAUCUAUGCCUAAAAUGAUGAAGGGAUUGUCAGCAUAAGUGUAAUUUGAAAUCUGUCUGUUACUUUGGGAGAAUAGUCUUUUCCUGUUUUUACAGAAUUUGGCAGGCUGAGUUUGAGAGGAUUUUGUUUAGGAUUAGGGAUCAGGGUUGAACAAGGAUGAGAUGUUUUCUUGGAAGAAGUGAAAUGCUUCACUGUACCUAUGUUUAUUUUUAGAGUGAAAUUGCUUUAUGACUGCCUAAUGAGCUUAAAAGUUGACAAGGAUUAAGCUGUGUCUUGAAAUACCCCGAACAUUGAGAGAUGGCACAUUAGCUAGUCUGAAAUACAACUGUCCAAGAUGCUAGCAAACAAUUUCACCUCGUGUACUGUUUAUCUGAUUAGAAUUGCUAUCCCCCUAGUUAAUAUUCACAGAAAGCAAAGUUUCUGUUUAGGGGCACCCUAUGUUUUCUUAUUCAAGACAAGUGUGAAGAAAUAUCUGGAGAUAUCCUGUCUUGCAUUUUGAAUUGUCAGGAGGAAAGGGAGACGCUGCUGUGUUGUGAUCGUUUGUGCUGCUUUCCCAUUGAUCAACUAAAUUGACAAUCACCUCCAGUGUCCUGAGCAAUGUGCUUUAGAAUAAGCAGGAAUAUGGGCUAUUUACAGCAAAUAGCAGUAUCACUGAGUGUCAGUGCCGUUCAAAAUGUGGUUUAACAGCAAAUCUCCUGGAGGAAAAGGCCAAUCAUGCCUUUCUUGUACAAUACAAAUAAUCCUGUGAUGCGGUUAUCAUCUCUUCAAGACUCACAGAAAGGUCUAGGCUGUUUUCCAAUGAGAUGCUGGGAUACUGUCCAUUUCCUAGUGUUUUCAGCCAUCCUAAAACUGAAAGCAAAUGAAGAAUCCCAAGGGGACGACCUUCUUUGGCAGCUGAAGAUGAAUCAGUGUGUCCAGCAUGAACAGUCUUGUCCUAUUUCCUUGUCGUUUUCCACCUUAGAUCGAAUAGAGAUGGUGACAUCUGGGUUGCUGGUAGCAGCAGCAUAUCUGUGUGUGUGUAUGUGAAUGUAACCAUUCUGCACUUAAAAAGGAAAACAGAAACUUAAAGAACUGUUAAAUCUGAAUCAAAUACCUGUUAAAACACAUGAAAGUCACAAUGUGCCUCUGGUUGCCCCACUAGAAGUUUUUUUUUGUUUUGCCGGAAAUUGUUUGUGUUUGUUUUCUCCAUUGAUGUACCUUAUUUGGCAUCAGGCUGCUUUUUGCCACUGGAUUUGUAUUACUGUAAGAAAAUGCAGAAAUGAGAUUUAAAGAAAGCUUCAAAGAAAGAUAAAGGUUACUUCGAAAAAUUGCUUCUAAAAUUCAGCACGUAAGCAACCUUGACACAACUUGUCAUGUAUAAACUUCUCAGUGAGAAAGGUGGAGUAUUUUGGAUACAAAUAAGUAAUGGACAUUUUGGGAUAACUGAACUAUAAUCACUUUGUAAAUCAGCAAUCCUUAAAAGAUCAGUUAAGUGUUGUGGUUUCUACUGGUACCAUUCAACAAAUGAAAGAUUUUAUUUAAUGAAUAAUGAAGAGGGGAGUGACUUGAUAGUUUUUUUAGCUCAGGUCAUGAGGUGAGAUGGUCACUAAAGAUCUGAGUAUUCUUGUUUGUUUUCUCAGUACUACACUUUAUUGAAGACUGUUGUCCCUCAUUAAUUCUUCUUUAUAAUGCUGAAGGUAGGUUUGGUCGCACGCUCUUACAAGUCCUUAAAGGCUUCCACUAUUCUCAGCAGCCUCUGCUUGCUCUUUGUAUCACCAGUAACACCCAUUAACUGGCAAAGUGUCUCUGUGGGACUGAAGGUACUUCUAAAGGUAAAAAAGGGAAAUGCAGGAUUUGCAAGAAUCUGAAAUACCUUGCAGAACUUGCCAUUAGUUUCUGCACUUCCAUACCUCAACUGCUUGCUUAAAAUCUAUUCAUUGCCUUUUUUUUUUAAUGUCCUCUUUCCCUCAGGAUUCUAUUAAGUGGCUUCCCAAGUCUCCCAAACUGCACAGUGGCCAUAACUGGAGCUCCCAGGGCUCUCGCUGGGCCUCACUGAAAGGGAGGGAAGGUUUUCCUGGUGGUAACCUGUACAAAUUCAGCUCUGCCAAUGGGAAAUGGAGAGAAGGGAGGAUCAGUCCCGAGCAAGAAGCAGAGGAACUCGAGGAUCCUGAUGAUGAACCUAUCUCCAAGUUUUCCGGCAGCCUUUUUGAUAGCAACGAAAGCGUGCGAGAUCAAAGAAACAGCAGAGCAACGCUCCAAGAAAAGCACAAGUUGGCCAUGAAGGGGAAGGCUCUUGCAGGGUCUAACAGCAGGGUGCAGCCACCCGUGUCAGCAGCAGGCAGCUUCCCCAGCCAGGGCGGCCGCGCCGCCGAGGAGCUGCGUGCACUGGAUGUGCCGCAAACCCCGCUCAAGGUAACCAUUACUGUGUGCAGUCAAAUGGGGAGCCUUGGUAUUAGCAUUGCUGGUGGAAAGGGCUCAUCUUCAUGUAAAGAAAGUGAUGAGGGGAUCCUGAUUGCACGGCUGCCAAAAGAUGCUCCACCAGACUUGGCUGGUGUACAGGCAGGAGACAGAGUGGCUGAGGCCACCUUUGUUUCAGAGCCUGCUGCCCUUCAUGCUGAUCCUGCUGAAGCUUCCCCCAAGGGCAGCCCCUCCCCGACAGUCAACCACGUCAUAACAAUACCUCGGAUAAUCCUCACACGCCCGUCCACUUCUGAUGAAGAUGCCGACCAGCUGCCCCCAGACCCAGAGGACUUUGAGCCUGAGGAGCCUGACAGCACAGAAGGCCAUGCCUAUUCAGACUGUCUGAGCAGUGCUUUCUAUCCUCCCUAAUAAAGUACUUUUCUGGCAGGAGUUCAUGGGUGGUUUUCUUUCCCAUUGUUUGAUGACAUUUAAUGUAGUACUUGAACCACUAUGCCUUAUUUAUAGUGAAAACCAUGAGAUGGAGGAUGGAUUUGUGAGACCCUGCUUGUAUUUCUUUGCCUUGAACUUCCUUCAGCAAGAACUUGUGAACCAGGAAUGCACUGGGUCAAGUUCUGUGAAUGUCACCACAUGUUUCAGUAGCCACAUGUAAAGGUACCCUGCAGCACCUAAAUGUAAUGAGAAAAAUGCAGGUGAUUUUUCUUCAGAAG